GAGUUAAUUAUGGAUCCAGGAGAAUAUGACGAAUUCACGAAGGAAGGUUUUUUUACAAUUCGUAGAUCCGAAAAAGCAUGGGCUGGAAUUUGGUCAGACAUGGUUAUUGAACAGACCCUCAAUCGUUUCUUCGGUACUGACUUGAAGCAUGGAAGAGGUGUUACUUCCAGUGUUGUAACAAGAUAUUUAGUAGCAAUGCCAUCAGCAUUCAAUAUCAUGGAAUGUUUAGAGACAUAUUGCAAGAUUGAAUCAAGCAACAGUGAACAACAUGUUGAUAUUUCAAGAAGUAGAAUCACAAAAGAUGAAGUAGGAAUUAAAAAAUUUUUGUUUUGGCUUGAUGAAAGAAAUCCAUUUGAGGUUAGAACUUCAUUAGUAUCACUCUCUACUGGAAUCAUAGGUGGACCAACAAUUAAUUGUCAUAAUGCAGUAGAAGUUGGAUUGCAAGGUAUAGCUACCAUGGUUGGUAAAAAUAUUGAUAACGUUUCUUUGUCUAACGCGUUCAAAGUGAAAACACUUGCAAAUGCGAAAAGUGGUAUGCAUAUUGGCGAUGAUUUUGUUGCUGUCGACUCAUUCUUGUUAAUUCAGAGAAUAUCAGUAUUUUUUCAUGGCAAUGUUGAAGAAACACGCAAUGCAUUGAAGUACGAGUUGUCACCGUUUCCUCUGAGCUUAUUCGACGAACAUGGAUUAAUGAGAAAAACACCAAAAUCAGAAUUGUAUAACGUUUUCCAGCCAUACAUUCAAUCGCCUGCCUUAAUAUCUGGAUCUGGAUCAAUUUUUGUAAUUGAUGGUGGCUGGCUUCUGCAUAGCUAUGUUUGGCCGCAUGGAAAGAAAUACUCAGACAUUUGUAACCUUUACUACUCUUAUCUUAUUAAACAUUUUGGAUCUAACGUGACAGUCAUAUUCGAUGGCUACUCGAAGGAAACAAUAGGAAUUAAGUCCUACGAAAGAUAUCGCAGAAAAGAAAAAUGUGUUGCUGCAGAUGUUGAGAUUUCUGAAGAUAAUCUCGUGACCUUGACCCAAAAGAAGUUCCUGUCCAAUAUUGCAAAUAAGAAACAAUUUGUAAACUUACUGAGUAAUAAUCUUCAAAACCGUGGUAUUAGCACGAAUAUAGCUUCAGAAGACGCGGAUCUUUUAAUUGUCAAAACUGCAAUCGAUUUAAAAAGAAGAAGAAAUCAAUCCGUGACGAUAGUUGGUAAUGAUAUUGACUUACUUAUCAUUUUGAUUUCACUUGUCUCUGACGAAGAGGUAAUAUACUUUUAUAAAAUGACACCAGGAAAACAAGCUAAUGUUAUUUAUUCUACGGAAUACGAUAAAAAUUUGAAGCCUUUUUUGCUUUUUGCGCAUGCAUUUGCAGGUUGCGACACUACAAGUGCAAUUUUUAAAAAAGGAAAAAAAAGUAUAAUAUCUUUAUUGAAAAAAAAACCUGAUUUGCAAGCUCUAAUUUCUGUUUUCUAUGAGUCUAAUCGUUCAAUUGAGGAAUUAUACGCAGUAUCUGAAAAAAUUAUAUUCCAUCUCUAUGGUCAAAGUAUUACAGAUGAACUGACACUUGGUGAAUUAAGAUAUAGGAUAUUUUCAUUAUCGGCUGCUGCUUUUAAAAAAGAAGUUAUCUUAGCUUCUUUACCACCGACUGAAUCAGCCCUACGAGAACAUACAAAACGAGUGUAUUAUCAAAUUCAACAGUGGUUAGGCAACAAUCUAAAUCCGGACGAUUGGGGUUGGAGAAGAACCUUAUUUAUGAUGAUACCUAUCAUGUCAAACGCGGAACCAGCACCAAAGGAGUUAAUAGAUAAAGUUUCUUGUAGCUGUAAAACGAAUUGUUUAUCAGCUCGAUGUGGUUGCAAAAAAAGUGGUUUAAAAUGCAAUAAAUUUUGUAAAAGUUGCCAAGGCCAAAGCUGUGAUAACGCUUCUGCAAGAUCGUUUAAUCUUGAGGAUGAUGAAAAUGAAGAUAAAGAAGAUGAAGAAAGAGAUGAUAGUGAUGAUGAAAAUGAUGAUGAUGGAAAUGUUUAUGAGGAUGAAAAUGAUGGUGAAGAAGAAACUACUGUCGAAGACGGAGAACAAGAAAAUGAAGCUAUAUGUACAGGACGUAAAACUGUUAAAAACACUCGUUCAAAAGUAUCCACACAAAAGAUUUUUUGUGGUUGUAGAACCAAUUGUGCAUCAGCAAGAUGUAGUUGUAGAAAAAGUUCUCUCAAAUGUAAUGAAUUAUGCAAGUUUUGUCAUGGUGAUACAUGCAAUAACAGUAUAAAUGCAGGCGUUGAUACCAAUGAAGAUAGUGAAUAUGAGACACAUACAAAAGCUAACGAUAAAGACGAAGAAACACCUACUGAAGAAGAAAACGAAGGAAGCUCAACUGUUAGAGACAGCAGUCCACUUGAUGAAAUUUAUAUUAACUUUGAAAAAUUUUAAUAUAAUUUUUGGAAUUGCAAAAUCUAUAUUUUUUUAUUUAUUAUAUAAUUAGAGAAUCAAUUACUCUUAGGAAGUUUCUUCAAAUUUUUUUAAUUGUAAUACAAUUUUGUAAUCUAUUAAAAAAAAAAAAUAUAUUUUCAUCAGUUAAA